GCUCACACGCGCACGCACACACAGACGACCCCGGCGCCUCUUCUCUCCAGCGCUGCCGAGAAAGCCAGUCCUCCCUUCCUUUCCUGGGGCGCGGAGGCUCCGCCAGUCAGAGCGCAGCCCAGAGCCGACCCAGAAAGCGAAGAGAACCGGCGGACAAGCCUUCUUUCUCCUCUGCUGGCCCGGGCUGAGGCGCCCCAUCCCCCGCCCUGAACCCCUGUCUUUCGUACCCCACCCUUCUCGGUUUCACACGGACAGGGACCGAGCCCGGUGUGCCCCCUUUUGGAAUCCACGUUUCAGCACUUCGGACAGCGCCCGGGAACCCCGGGCCCUUUGGGUUGGCUAUGGCGAGCGUUCAGCAAGGAGAGAAGCAGCUUUUUGAGAAGUUCUGGCGAGGAACCUUUAAAGCUGUGGCCACCCCGCGUCCAGAGAGCAUCAUUGUCGCCAGUAUCACGGCCCGCAAGCCGCUGCCAAGGACAGAACCCCAGAGCAGCCCCAUGGUCCCAGCUCAGGAUGGACCCUCGGAAAAGCUGAGCCAGCAUUUGGCCUCCAAGGUCUUGGGCACCAACAGCUGGGACAGAGGCAAAGCCUGCCGGGAGCCCAGUCCCGCCACAGCACGCAGUGCCUCCCGCAGCAAAGACUUGACGCCGCUACCUUCCUCCAGGGGGAAGAAAAAAAAGAAGAAAGCUACCCGGAAGAAGAGAAGGAGGUCCCCAUCUUAUAGCCCAUCACCUGUCAAGAAGAAGAAGAAGAAAAGUUCCAAGAAACAUAAGCGACACAGGUCAUUCUCCAAGAAGAGAAGGCACAGCUCCUCCAGCCCAAAAAGCAAAAGAAAGGAAGAGAAGAGGCACAAAAAACAAUCGCGAAGCCGGCCCCGAAAAUCUCGCCGCCACCGCCAUCACCACUGCCCCUCACGGUCCCAGAGCUCAGAGUCCCGCUCCUCAAGCUGCGACAGCAGAUCUCUCUGCCCUGCAUCCAGGCACCGUGACCGGUCCCCCGAGGGAGGGCGGAAGUCCCGUCGAAGGCACUCUCGUCGCUGCUCCAAGACCCUCUGCAAGGCCAGCCCAGAGGCCCGGUCCAGCCCCCAACCCAGCCAGCCCCUCCAGAUGCUCAGCUUCCUGUCAGCCAGGGGUGUAAUCACUGGGUCGGGGUCUGCUGCUGACCUCUUUACCAAAACAGCCAGCCCGCUCACCACCUCCCGAGGACGCUCCCAGGAGUAUGACUCAGGCAAUGACACCUCCUCGCCACCCUCCACGCAAAUCAGUUCAACCAGGUCUCGGGGUCAAGAGAAGGGGAGCCCCAGUGGGGGCCUAAGCAAGAGCCGGGACCCCAACAGUGGAAACAGCUCUGAUUCAGGGAACUCCUUCACCACUUCCUCACCCCAGAACAAGGGGGCCACUUUGGAGAACCUCUCCCCCACCAGCAGGGGCAGAGAGUCAAGAGGAUUUCAGUCACCAUGUCUGGAAUGCACCGAGGUGAAGAAGUCCAAUUUGGUCCCAUCCACAGCCCGGAGCUCCCCCAUGAGAGGGUGCUCCCGAAGCUCCUCCUACGCCAGCACACGCUCCUCCAGCCACUCCUCCCGAUCCCCAAACCCCAGAGCCUCCCCCAGGUACACCAGGAGCCGAUCCACCUCCUCUGGGAAAAGGUCCUCCUCGCGCUCUCCCAGCUAUUCCUCCAAGUCUGGCAAGAGAAGCCCGCCUAGCAGAAGCUCUAGGUCGCGCCGCAGCCCAAGCUACUCCCGCUACAGUCCCAGCAGGGAGCGGAACCCCAAGUACAGCGAGAAGGAUUCGCAGCAACGCGAGCGCGAGCGAGCUCGGCGGAGACGUCGGUCCUACUCGCCCAUGAGGAAGCGCCGGAGAGACUCCCCGAGCCACCUGGAGGCGCGGAGGAUAACGAGUGCCCGGAAACGCCCCAUCCCCUACUACCGGCCCAGCCCCUCUUCGUCCAGCGGCCUCAGCAGCACCUCCUCCUGGUACAGCAGCAGCAGCAGCCGCUCAGCCAGUCGAAGCUACUCCCGGAGCCGGAGCCGCAGCCGCAGCCGGAGCAGGACCCUCACUAGCAGCAGCUGCAGCUCCCGCAGCCCCAGCCUGGGCUCCCGGAGCCGGAGCCGGAGCCGGAGUCGGAGUGGGAGCUACAGCUCAGCAGACAGCUACUCCAGCACGAGGCGCUAAGCCAGGGCCCUCCCGUGAGCCCACUGCCCAUGGGGCCCCUUUCACUCUGGCAGUCUCCCCCACUCCCCGCCCACCCUGCCUUCUCCUUGGUGACAGACAGCAUUGAGGGCUCCUAGGCCCUGUCCUUCCUGCUCUCCUGGGGAGGAGGAGAGGAGGGUUUGGGGGAUUUAGCCUCGAUGUGGAGCUGCUGGGAGCUUCCACCACACCCUCUGGGGCUCAGCUCAGGCCUGAGCAUAUGGAGAAGACUACCUUCUUUUGGCACAGAAAAGCCUCAACGGUUUGUAAGGCGCAAUGAGUCCAUGACUAAGAAGUUUGGGUCUGGCCAGGAAAAUGUACAGAGAGUUCUGCUAACCCACUGCUGCCAGGCUGCAUACCGAAGACCAGUGGUAUUUAUCACAGCUGCCCUCCUUCUCCUCUCAUCCAGUCUCGUGGCUACACCUGUAUGGAUCCCCAUGAGUCCCAUGGGGUGAGGAGUGGAUAUUAGAAGAGAGCAGGGCGGUUCAGGUCCAAGAGAGGGGAUCAGGAGUUUUAGCUCCACACAUAGGUCAGAGCAAGUGCUGAAAGGCUAUCGGGUCCUAGAAAGGGGGACACGUGACUAGGGGACAUGGACAUUUCACUUGGUAGUAGGUGUCAGGAGAUAGGAGAUGGACUCUCUGGUCAUGAGUAUAGAAGCAAGAAGGAGGGGGGAAUAAGUCCACUGCUCCCAGUAGCUCCUUGUGGUCAGGAAGAGGAGCCCAGUAGUUUCUAGCCGUGGAGAGGCCACCAGGCCAUUUACACAAAACGCCUCUUGGUGGUUCACAGGGACCCUGCGACCUCUGCGAAAGGACACAAUGGACAGUUAGGACAGCUUGGCCUGCAACCGCACUUCCCAAGUUUGCCUCGGCCCCAGUAGCUGGCAACAACUUAAUUCCACGGGACCAUCUGCUGAACAUUCCCCAGUGCCGUGGCCAGCUGCCAGUCCCAGCGCCAGCCAGUCUGGCCUUACCCUCCAGUUGGCGCCUGCCUGCCCCCUCCCCACUGCCCAGACUGCCGCACCCUGGGUCCUACCCACUGCAGCCAAGCGCCCACUCACCCACCUACCCACCCUCAGCCUAAGUCAGCCACUUUGCCCCUCAGGAAUUUUGCCAGGAUGGGGCACAGCAGCCCAGGUUUGGGGGAAAGAUCCAAAUCCAGAGAGUCUGGGGGAAAGGAGAUUGGAUGCUCCGAAGCUUCUGCUGGUUUCCAGAGUUCUUAGCAGGUUGGGAAAAGCCCCACCCUCAUUUCUGCCCUUACCCCACUCCCCCCCACCCCGCCCCGCCACCCCUGCCCAGGGCUGGGCAGUGAAGGUAAGCUGAUCUCCAACACACAAACACCACCAGCUGCUUCACCCACGGAGGGCGCUAAGAACAGGGGCAUGAGGGAGAAGAUCCUUAAAAUAAACUCUGGGGCAUCCCCCUCACCAGCUGACUGGCUUUCCAGAGCCUUGCGGGUAAGAGUCCAGUUUGUGGUGGCAACAGCAGCCGGGCGGGGCAUGAAGGGAGAGGGUGAGAGGGACAGUCCCCAGCUUUGGAACCUGGGCUUUGGGAAGCAGAGAACCAAAUAUUCUUUAUCCCUUGUACCCCGAGGAGGGGAAACAUUUGGGAAAAAAAAAAAUCCUGUUUCUUAGAAGCAGUGAUGUCCUCCCUCCCAAGUCUUUCCCAUCGUAUCAGCCUGUGGAGCCAGAAACUGCCCUGCAAUGAUCCGGAAAGUCCUUCCUCCACCAGGAGAGGGGAGCCAGGCACCAGGGCAGCAGUGGGGGACCCGGCCUUUCCAUGACGCCCGCUGGCCCAGAACUGGGCCCCGCCCACCAAGACUAAUGGAUGCCAGCGUGGUCACUGCAGAAGGCCUGAUGGCAGGUGCCUGGGACAGGGGCAGGUGCCCUGGGAGGGCCUGUGCAGCAACUGUAAAUAACCCUCUUCCCCGCCCAGGAGCCCGAACUGGACUCCAGUCUCCCUUCAUGGAAACAAAGGCUUUCUGGAGCCACGGAACCUCCUUAGCAGGACAGCAGUGAAAGACCCAAGAGCCCCCGUCCAGACUGCCUUCAUCCAUGCAAUUCUGGGGGACCAUUUUUGCCUGGGGCUCCUAGCUAACCUCUUAUUUAUUUAUUUAUGUUUAUUUAUUUAUUUAUGGGAUUCCCUCUGCCUCCCUCUCUCUCGGUUGCCAUUAGCAGUAUUCAAGUAUUUAUUUAUUUAUAUGGAGAGGAUGUGUGUAUCUGUGUGUGUGUGGUAUGUGUGUUUGGGGAGGAGGGGAAACUUCUAAAGUAUUUUUGUGCAUCUCUCUUUUUUUUCCCCCUCAUGUCUCUAUGGAUGGAAUUUGAGAGGCUGGAUGUGGGUGGGGAUGUUUGCCUUUUCCCUGAAAGGGAGAGACUUAGAGCUCUAAGCUUGGAACACACUGGAGGUGGCACAGAAGCACUUCAGGCCAAAGAUUCAUGACUAAGCCCAAGUCGGGUGAAGUUCAGGCCUGCACCCCAGUCCCCCUGCCUACCAGUUACCUAACUGAAGUACCAAAAAAUGAAAAUGGUCAAGAAGCUUAUGAGCUAAGGUGCUGACCUGACACUGUAGAGUCACAGCUGACGUGGGGGUUAGAGUCUAAAGUUAGCACAUAAGGCAAAAGCUUCAAAGUCUAAAUCAUCUGUGAAAGACCUUUAGGGACGCACCCAGUGUGAAACAUAUGUGCACCUCUGAAUCUCACCCUUAUUCCAGGGAAUAUAUUAGUGGAUGAGGUCAUUUGCUCUUCUGAGCCUAAGCUAAGUGUUUUCAUAGAAGUUACACAUGCUUCUGAACACCCCCUUAGCUAAUUUCUCCCCAUCCCCUGUGAGCUCAGGGUUGCCCUAGUGACAAGGUAUCAGCCAUCCUGAGAGAGAGAGACAAACCCAAAGCAAAAGCCUUUUUCUGUGACCUCAGGAGAGAGCAUACUACUAUUUCUGAAGUUGGAAAACAAACAAAAUGAAAGGAGCAGCCGGAGGUUCCCCACCCCCAACCCCCUCGAGAAGGCCAUUCCAAAACCUGUCUUGGGAACCAGGAUCCAGAGGUCUUGACCAGCCCUGGCUCUCUCACCCACUAGCAGCUGAGUGGAGAGGGUGCCCGCCCUUUCCAAAGUCACCCUUCACUGCCUUGGCAUGGCCAGCUCUCCUGGUCCGGCUUUGGGUUUGGUGAGACUUUUUCAACAUCCCUGAUUGUUUUCCCUGGCAAUGUGACUUCACUCUGCUCUAACCCAAGCAAAGGAGUACCCCUAGCCUGGGAAAACUUGCAAGAACUUAAAUGCCUCCUGGGAGAAAAUCUGCCCUUCCCUGUCACUUGGUGUGUUUCUCAGAUUUCCUUUACAUUUCCUUUUCUUUCCAUCCAAAAAUAAACUCUUAUUGGGGCACUGGUAAACCUUGUUUAACCAGCACCCCCACGCCUGGCACUGCUGUUUCUCUGCAUCCUUCACCCUCAGUACACUUCUGCUUCCAGGGGAUGAUACAGACGGCCUAAAACCUGCUCAUGGUUAGAACUUAUUUUAAAAAGUAGUAUGGGAAAUGGGAAGGAGAUGUGGCUUGAGGUCAAACAACAUGAGGCCCUUUGACCCUCCUGCUCUGGAUAGUCCCUGGAUAUGUGGAGCUAGGCAAAUUGCUUCCUUUCUCUGAGCCAAAGUUUCCACCUUUGAGAAGUGGAGGAGUUUUUGAGAUACAACCCAGAACAUUGACCUGAGGCCUGGGCAAUUCUUCAAAGACCUAAUGAGUUCACUGAGACUUGGAGAAAAAAGGAAAAUAUCCUCAAACAUUUUAGGAGGUUCUCAAUCAUGAGAAUAAAGCCUAAAAGCAAUGUGUGAACUCCCAUUAGUGGAUUCAGAAAAUUGAAUUCAAAUCCCCCACCCAAGAACAUUCUAGUUGAUCCAGGUUGGACUGCAUUUCUGCCUCCAUCUGUUCCCUUCUUUGAAGGAAAUUCAGUCUUUCAGAAACAAAACACACAAAUUGUGAUGUUUGAAAGACACGAGGCUCUCAGUCUCAGAGAGCCCCCAUCACUUUAUUUACCGAGACCCAUCUUCCUUUCCCAAAGGCUUUGCUUGAAGAGGUGAAUAUUUGGGGUGCUUCCAAAGGUUCAAAGUCCAUUUUCUUCUUCUCAAGCCUCAUUUUUAUCUUUUCUUUUGCUGUAUUCCUUUUCACAAAUAUUCAAAAUAGCCUCACGUGCUUUACUUUCUUUUGCAGCUGAAUAGAAAAUUGUGUCUGAUUUAAAAACAAAACACCAGAAUCCUCAAACUGCAUCCCUUCCAUUGGCCAGCGGUGUCCAGCUGAGGACCUUAGGGUAGAUACAGUGUCCAUCGAGCAAUGCCUUGUUGCAUCUGCUUCCUUCUCUGCACCCACGGGCCAGUGAUACCCAUGGGGUUGAUAUCUCCCCUCUGUCUGUGGCUGUUGUUUUGCAUUAUUUUCAGUUUUCUGAGGGUUUGUUGGUUUUGUUUUUUGUUGGUAGUUGUUUUGCAUUGUAAAUACCAUGAUGGGGGCCCCUCAUCAGAACGUGGCUUAAUGAAUAAUUUAUUUCCUAUUUAUUGAGUGGUAUUGGGAGAGGUGAGAGACCACCUCUUCUCCGGAAAUGUUAUUGGAAAUCAGUCUGUCUCUCAGCUCCACUGUCUGUGGUAGGGACGUUCUCGCCCAGGUAAUGAGUGCUAGAAUCACCGGCAAAUUGGAAUUGGCAGAAACGGAGGCUUCAGUCAUACAAAUUAAGCUCAAAUGGAACUAAAACACUGGUUAUCUCCGGGAAAACCUCAUUUAGAUGGAAAUUAAUUGAGGAAUGAAAUGCCUGUGCACAAACCAACUUCUAUUAAAAAGUCACAACUCCUUGAAAAAUAGAGAGAGGGAGCGAAAAAAAGAGAAUGAAAAUUGUAAUUCCUUUUCUCCGGCCAAGAAAAGCUGUGCCUCAUCUUCUAACGAGCCGAGCCAAAGAGACUGGAACAGCAUUCUUAUGUGGUUCUCUUGCCUAUAUGUGUCCGUCUGGGUGCAAUGGAGUGUUCUCGGGCCUCAGUCUUAUCAUCUGUAAAAUGGGUCUUGGCCUAAGUGUUCUUGGUAGGGUGGAGGGAAGGGUUCUAACUCUGAGGCGGUAAGUUCCAGACCGUCAGAUGUAGAAUCCCUCGUGUCUUCUGCUGACUAUAGGUUGAAGGGUCAGAAGAAAAUAAAGAAGCAGGGUGUGGACUUAUUUUGCAGAGUGAGUUGGGAGCAGCUGAGUCCUGGCAGAAGCGGGAGACCUCCAGGUUCUGGCACCUGGGAACUUCUGUGGCCUGGUGAAAGCCCUCUGUAUGAGCUUGAACUUCUCUGCAAGCCCAACCAUCCAGCAUAUUCAAAGGACAGGCCCGGACGGCUUUGCCGUGCUCCGGAUUUCAGACCCCGUGUAUUGUGUCAGGCUACAUUUUGUGCAGUUGAUCAAACCAGCCAGCGAGACUAGUCAUGUUGCUGUGACCCAUUUUUCAGGUGAGAAAACUGAGGUCCGGGAAGGGGGCACUUGACCUGCCCAGGCUCCCUUGAGCUCCGAGCUGCCUGACCCCGUGCCCUCCCCUUGCUCUCCCCUGGGAGCUCUUUCCUGCCAGGCGUAGGCUGUGAGGAAUUCUCUUUGUGCUGUAUCUGUUUUCUCCUGAUCUCCAGCUGUCUCCUUCAGCAGCCAUCGGCCAAGGACCCAGUAGAAUCUACCACAGCAGCCCUGGGAGGGGGCUUGAUCCACCCCAGGGCCAUUUCUCCACAUCAGGGGCUGGAACUCCCAUCUGGAAAACCCCAACUUGGGGGACCCACCAGCAGCCCAGCUCAGCCCGAGCAGCUGGCCUCUACCCACCCGCCCACAUCAAAGGAGGAGAAGCUGCUGUGUCUGCCGGCAUCCUGGGACCCUGUCCUCCACGCAGUGACACAGUGGCCGUGGCUUGUUUGAUAUCUGGUGUCCACAGCUAAGCAUAACCUUCCUGGGGUUUCUGGCUUUUUUUUUCCAGCCUGUACAAAACAUGUCUCUGUUCUAAUAAAAGGUUCCAUGGUAUGGUGUUCUCAUCCUUGGCCCAGCAUCCUCUGUCUACGUAUGGUGCCCAGAAUCAGAGGGAGGGUGACAGGGAGGUGGGGACAGAGAACAGCCAAGCAGCACCUGCUGUGUGCGACACAUUGCCCCAGUGCUCAUCUUGCUCCUUUCUUCAAAACAAGCCUGUAAGCAUUUGGGGUUCACAUAUACAUUCAUAGCAGCCACCUUUCCCGAAGCCUUUUUAAUCUUAGUCUUCGGCACCCACCUGUCUUAGGUAUAGGGUUAAGAUCUCUUUUCUACUAAGAGGAAAAUGGAGGCCUAGGAAAGCAAAGUCACCAGCCCAAGACCACAGAGUCCAUGAUAGGAUGCAAGCGGACUGACUCCAGACACAUCUGUUCUCUGCUCUGCCCCACAGCACAUCUGCUCAUGAAGUAAGUGGCCAGUUUUCUUUGGUAAAAGUUUUUCUCUGAGGUCUUCACAAUCAGGAGGGAGCUCAGUCUGGGGCACAUAUAUGGGAGUCCAAAGACCUGGAUUCUAAUCUGGACCCUAGUGGUGUGCCAGGGAGCAAGGACCACACCCCACUGGGCCUUGGGUUAUUCAUCUGUAAAACAGGGACAGCAACAGCGACCUCCCUGGGCUGCUCUGAGAACCAGAUGGGAUAGUGGUGCUAAGAAAAGAAAAUAACAGCCUGAGUCCACAGGAAGCACAGUGCUGCUAAGCAUGAUGACUUUUCUAAAUCGAGUCUGAGUUAUGGGAGGGACUCAGAAAGACAGCCUAAAGUAGCCUGCUCAGAACAGUGGGGCCCCCAAGACCCAGUGGAGGCCUCCAGAAACGUUCUCACUGUCCCAUGUGAAAGUUUCUUGCCAUAGAAAAUAGGUGUUGAAAACACUCACAGGGCAGCCAGGUGGGGAAGUGGACAGAGUUGGGACUCUGGGGAGCCAGGGAGGCCAAUGCACGGUUGCCACAGAGAGAUCUCAACUCAGGGCUGCCACGUCUCUCAAUUUAUCCAGGGAAUCUGAAUUUUUAGGUUGAAUUUCCUGAUUUUCAAAAUGUUCGAAACUCAUUCCUUUUUUUCAAAUACCAUGUGGGUCCAAAAAAAUUGUGUACAUGCACACACACACACACACACACACAGAUAAUAUCAUCCCAGAAUAACAUCCCAGGGGUCAGAGAGGAGGAUGUGACUCAGCCCCACCUUCACUCCCACCCCCAGGGCCGCUGGGAGGUUGUUUCAGCCCCUUGUUUACUCGUGAGUGGGUUAUUAAUUAGCUCAGGAGGAAAGAUCAAACAAAACUACCCCUCCAGAAAUCUCCCUCGGGAAUCUUAGAUGGGACUACCUCCCUGGGGAAGAUUCAAAACUAUCACAUCGAAAAAGACAGAUGUACAGAAAAGACUUUUGGACUUUGU